CAGAUGGUCUAAAAGGUUUUGCUGAGGCAAAGGUGGUUGGCUGGAGAUAUUUCUCAGUUCUGGGGGGAACCACCUUUGGAAAAAAGCGUAGAGGGAGCAAAUGUAGAAAUGGGAGGAGAUUUGUUCUGUGUUUGUGCUGGGCACAGUAAGCUGAGAGGCUGAGUUGCCAUGCAAGGGAUGGGUAGGUAAAUGGGACAUAAUCAGUAAUGCCUGCUCCUUCAUGGAAAAUAGACUCAGACUGUCAUUUAAAAACAGGACAUAAAUUGGUGUUCUUCCCUCUAGGUACACAGUUUGUGGUGAUUGGGGGUGGGGCUGUGGCUGAGCCUCAUCCCCACUGGGCACAGCUGUGAGCAGCAGGUGAGGAGCACUGACAGCAAUGAGCCAUGAGCCAUGGAGUGCCCAGGGGCACUGACCAACCACCACAGGGAACAGAGGGCACCCAGGGCAGUGCAUGAACAUGGGGGGUGUAAAAGGUUGGGCUAAAGAACAAGAGGAGCCCAUGCUUGCAGCCUUCUGAAGGCACAGGAUGUCACUCUGUAUGGGCAGGCACCUGAAGCCCUCUGAUGAGGUCUAAUCUCCUUUGGAAAUGACAAAACUGUUAGGACAUCAGGAGCUGGAAGUGUUUUGAGCCUGGUCAAACAUGGAGCACUGGGACUCACUGGGAUUUUUGAUAGUCACACUCAACUAUAAUGUGACUAUUGUAGGGAAGCUCUGGCUGAUGCUGAUAAUCCUGCUGCGAAUGGCAGUGGUGGUGUUAGCAGGCUACCCCCUGUACCAAGACGAGCAGGAGCGCUUUGUCUGCAACACCCUGCAACCAGGAUGCUCCAACGUCUGCUAUGACUUGUUCUCUCCCGUGUCUCACUUUAGGUUCUGGCUCAUUCAGACUGUGUCUAUCCUGCUGCCCUAUGCUGCAUUCAGCAUUUAUGUUUUGCACAAGGUGGCUGUGCACAUUGUGAGAAUGCACUGCCUGGUGCAUGGGUGCAAGAGGAACAAGGGUUUAUCAAGGCCCAGAGAUGCGAAGCAGCUCUGUAGAAGUGCAGUUGUCAAUAGAGUAGAUUGUGGUGCAGACAGCCUAAGUGUCCUUAAUUUUUCAGGGGCAUAUACCAUUCAUCUUUUUAUUAGGACCCUGCUUGAGGUUGCCUUUGCAGCUGUGCAAUACUUUCUCUUUGGAUUUUUUGUUCCUGACCGUUUUUCGUGCUACCACUCACCUUGCACGAGCACUGUUGACUGUUACAUCUCCCGGCCCACUGAGAAAUCCAUCAUGAUGAUUUUCAUCUGGGGGGUCAGCAGUCUGUCCUUCCUGCUCAGCCUUGCUGAUCUCAUCUGUGCUCUCCAGAGAAUGACAGCAAGAAACCAAAAGAACAAGCAGCUGGCAAACCUCUGCACAGAGAAGGAGUGCAGGAUACAUCUUCCCCUAGUCCAGCACAGUAGCUCCUCUCCACCUCAAAGUGGGGAUGGCCCAGUAGCAAACAGCUGUCACACCAGUGAUGGCUCCUGCUCACUUCUCCCUGACGAGGAAGAAGAGGCUUUUCCUCAUCCUGGAGGUGUCCCCCAGCAGAGUGCCAGCACUAACCUCAGCAGCAGCAAUAACUGCUGUGUACCAGGAGACCUUGCUGUUAAGCAGCAGAGCACUGAAGAACCCCCCUUGUGUGCCAGGGACCACCAAGGAACUCCCUGCAGCCAAGUGAGACCCAGACUUCAGCAAGACUUCAUUAAAGAUACUGUCCUGGCUUUGAGACCUCAGAUUGAGUCUCCCCUUGGAGUUUCUUCCUCUGCUGUUCAGAGCAGGCUUUUAGGGUUCUACCCUUCAGCUGAGCUAAAAAGCCCUGAUGAACAAUCGAAUUAUAGCAGCACUAGCUGCCUGAGGUCAAAAAAGUCUGAAUGGGUAUAGAAGCCAGAGUGAGCACUAGGCUGUGACCUUGGCAGGGCAAAUCAUUGCAUCACUGAAGAGGCUUCAGGGAGUUUCAGCUGAAUCCCUUGGCUGUGGUCACGCUGCAGAGACAUUCUACUCCAACAAAGAAGAAGCAAAAAUUUUGGAUAAGAGUUUGAAGGGUAUUAUAUUACGGGCCAUGUUCUUUAGAAAAUGUGACAUCUUUAUGGUUUUUUUUGCAUGUAGAUGGUUUUAAAAGGCUGUGGACUGUUGCUGAUGUGACUGACCUGGUUUUCCAGGAGUAUGUGUGAACACUUGUUUACUCUAACCUAGUUUUAUUGCAAAAGAUUGAGCUUAGCAAAGAUAGGUUGUCUACUCUCAGAAGCCUAAUUUACCUCCUCAUACUGAAUUCUCAAAGCCCACUCUAAAACAGGAUGUUCAAGAAGAAGACUAGACAGUGAAUAAAAUAAAAACACUUGUUUUGUAGCAAA